AUGUUGUAUGUGUUUCUCCCACCUCCCUGUUAAAGAGGGUGGUGGGAGAUGCUGAUGCAACCGGAGGAGGGGGCCGACGAUCCGGCUGCUGCCAGCAGAGAGAGCCGCUGCUGCUGCCUGCUGUGAACUCCUUAUUACUACCAGAGAUAACCAGGAAUAACCUCUGGAUAUUUACCAAAGUAUCAAGCAACAGGAACAAGGAGAAACAUCAGAUCGUAGAUGUAUCUGCAGCAGAGAGCGCAGCAUGAAGAAGUCGGUGCGGCCCGCGGUGAGUAAAGCCAGCGGGGAGCGAGGGAAGGCGGAGGCCUCGGGGAACACGGGGCCCGGAAAGCCUGCAGCCAAGAGCAGCGCUGCACCUCUGUCUAAGGUGAAGAGCAACGAUGAUCUUUUAGCAGCGAUGGCCGGAGGGAAUCCUGCAUCGAGUAACGCCGUCAACAAGACCAAGAGGACGGCCUCCACCGGGACCAACGUGAGCAACCUGGACAGCAAGCCAAAGACGACAGCAGGAACUUCAUCAAGGCGUACAACCUCCUCCAAUGCCAAGGAGCCAAACUCCUCCCGAGACCGUCUCCGGAGCUCCAGGACGGCGGCCUGUAAGAAACAGCCGGGGACGGGGCCAGCGGCGGGGGAUGCAGCGGCGGCGGGGAAGCGAUCCCGCAGCCAGGUCCUGGCCGAGUCCGAAGGCCGCAUGAGCAAAUCUAAAUCUGACGGUCAGAUCAGCGACAAGGUGGCUCUGGAGACCAAAGUAAAGGACCUGCUGGGUCUGGCCAAAAGCAAAGACGUGGAGAUCCACCACCUGCGCAGCGAGCUGAGGGGCAUGAGGGUGCAGCUGGGCCUGGGGGGGAAGGAGGCCCAGCAGCAGCAGCAGCAGGAAACAAGGGAGGAAGAGGAGGAGGAGGAGGAAGAAGAGGAAGAGGAAGAAGAGGAGAAGCCGCCUCCUCAUGUGUCAGCCAUCACCGCAGCCGAUGUGGAGUCCACCCUGAUCCUCCUCCAGGAGCAGAACCAGGCCAUCCGGGAGGAGCUGAACCUGCUGAAGAGCGAGAACCGCAUGCUGAAGGACCGGCUCAACGCGCUGGGUUUCUCCCUGGAGCAGCGGCUGGACGCCUCCGACAAACUGUUCAACUACGCCUCCCUGAGCCCGGAGCUGGCGUCCGGCGGAGGGCAGAGCGAUGGAGGAGGGGCGGGAACGCUGACCUCCUCCGUGGAGGGCUCGGCCCCCGGCUCCCUGGAGGACCUGCUCACCGGACACCAGCAUGGAGGCUCCGCAGACAACCUGGACAGUGAAUCCAGCGAGGUGUACCAGGCGGUCACCUCCAGCGAUGACGCUCUGGACGCUCCUUCCUCCUCCUCAGAGUCGGAGUGCGCCCCCAGCAGGGAGCGCUCCCGACGGGGCAGCAGCGACAACGCCAGCGAGGUGUCUGUGGCCUGCCUGACGGAGCGCAUCCACCAGAUGGAGGAGAACCAGCACAGCACGGCGGAGGAGCUGCAGGCCACACUGCAGGAGCUGGCCGACCUGCAGCAGAUCACCCAGGAGCUGAACGGGGAGAACGAGCGCCUGGGAGAGGAGAAGGUGAUCCUAAUGGACUCUCUGUGCCAGCAGAGCGACAAGCUUGAGCUAUACGGCCGGCAGAUCGAGUACCUGCGCUGCCUCCUGGAGGAGCACCACAUCUCCUACAGCCUGGAGGAGGACAUCAAGAGCGGCCGCUACCUGGAGCUGGAGCAGCGCUACGGAGACCUGGCCGACAACGCACGCUUCGAGAGGGAGCAGCUGCUGGGCGUGCAGCAGCACCUGUCCAACACUUUAAAGAUGGCCGAGCAGGACAACGCCGAGGCCCAGGAGAUGAUCGGGGCGCUGAAGGAGAGGAACCACCAGAUGGAGCGCAUCAUGGAGUCGGAGCGUCAGGGCCGCGCCGCCAUGGGGGCCGCGCUGGAGGAGUACAAGGCGGCGGUGAGCAGCGACCAGGCGGAGCUGAGCCGCUGCAGAGCUCAGCUGGACCAGGAGAGGCAGCGGGUCGCUGAACUGUACUCCCUCCACUCUGCCGGGGACAAGAACGAUAUCUGCCAGCUGCUGGAGGGGGUGAGGCAGGGGAAGGAGGAGGCAGAGGCCAAGGCGGCAAAGCUUCAGGAAGAGCUGGAGAAAGCCCACAGUGAACUCACACGCCUGCAGGAGACCUUCAGUAAGCUGGACGGGGAGUACAGGGACUUCCAGGACCGGGUGCAGCGGCAGAUGACGGAGCAGGAGCGCAUCGUGGAGAAGCAGCGGGUGGACCUGCAGGAGAAAGAGACUGAGAUCGCCGACAUGAAGGAGACCAUCUUCGAGCUGGAGGACGAGGUGGAGCAGCACCGAGCGCUCAAACUCCACGACAACCUCAUCAUCACCGACCUGGAGAACUCUGUGAAGAAGCUGCAGGACCAGAAGCACGACAUGGAGAGAGAGAUCAAGAUCCUUCACCGCAGGCUGAGGGAGGAGUCGAUGGAGUGGCGUCAGUUCCAGGCCGACCUGCAGACGGCCGUGGUCAUCGCGAACGACAUCAAGUCCGAGGCUCAGGAGGAGAUCGGAGACCUGCGGCGCCGCCUGGUGGAGAACCAGGAGAAGAACGAGAAGCUGUGCAAGGAGCUGGACGAGGUCAAGACCCGCAAGCAGGACGAGGAGCGGGGCAGAGUGUACAACUACAUGAACGCAGUGGAAAGGGACCUGGCCGCCCUCAGGCAGGGGAUGGGGCUCAGCCGGAGAUCCUCCACCUCCUCGGAGCCGUCGCCCACCGUCAAAACGCUCAUCAAGAGCUUCGACAGCGCCUCGCAAAGUCCACCGGCCAACGGCACUGCCACGGUGCCUCCGACAGCAGCAGCCACUCCGCUGCCUCGCACCCCCCUCAGCCCGAGCCCCAUGAAGACCCCCCCGGCAGCCGCUGUUUCUCCCAUACAGAGACACUCCUUACCUGGCUCUAUGUCAGCAGCCAAGCCGCUCUCCUCGCUGAGCGACAAGAGGCCGAGCUACACGGACAUCAGCAUGCCAGCUGAUCACCUCCUCAGGGGAACCGGGACCAGCAGACCCCCGUCUGCCAUCCAGAGGGUCUCCAACAUGGAUUCCACCAAGACGAUAUCAGUGUCCCGCCGCAGCAGUGAGGAGAUGAAGAGGGACAUGUCUGCUCCGGACGGCUCCUCUUCCUCACUGAUGGCUCUGAGUGCUGCAUCCUCCCCCCUCUCCAUGUCCUCCUCCCCCACCGCCUCCAUCACCCCCACCGCCCGCAGCCGACUCAGAGAAGAGAGGAAGGACCCGCUGUCGGCCCUGGCCCGAGAGUACGGAGGCUCCAAGAGAAACGCUUUGUUGAAGUGGUGCCAGAAGAAGACUGAGGGAUAUCAGAAAAUUGACAUCACCAACUUCAGCAGCAGCUGGAACGACGGCCUGGCUUUCUGCGCCGUGCUGCACACCUACCUGCCCGCUCACAUCCCCUACCAGGAGCUCAGCAGCCAGGAGAAGAGGAGAAACUUCACCUUAGCCUUCCAGGCCGCAGAGAGCGUGGGCAUCAAAUGCACUUUGGACUUGAAUGAGAUGGUGCACACGGAGCGUCCGGACUGGCAGAGCGUCAUGACUUACGUCACCGCCAUCUACAAGUACUUUGAGACCUGACCCCCACCCCUUCCCCUCUUCCCCACUGCUCCUGCAGCACAAUCAGAGCCACGCCAGCCCUCCUGAGCUCUCAGCAACUGUAAUACCUCACUGACACCCCCCACACACACACCGCUGCAUGCCGGCCCUCAGUAUUAAGCGUAGACGUCGGGCUCUCCUGCUGUUACAGUCACUCUUCAGGUCUGAAGGAGCAUCGGACAGACACUCAGUGCCUUCUCCCUGGCUUUCUUCUGGGUUUGUUUUCAGGCAGAGAAUAUUCCUGAUAUUCCCAGGGUGUUCGGGGGGAUUCCUGCAACACUGACUUUCAGGGUGCAGCACAGAAAUGAUUUCCCUCUUACAAAUCUUAGCUUGUUACACGGCUAAUCCUCCACUAAUAGUCCCCUUUACAUGCACAGUGCAUCCUCACUUAUAUAUUCACAUUUUCUAACGUCGACAGAGGCUUUCUUUUCCGUUCCUUCACCCCACUUUCUGAAAGGCUUUGCAAUAUUCAUGCAUAUCCAAAACUAGUUCCUAUUCAAGUUUUUGCUAAGGUUUAAACGUGGGUGUGUUGCUUCUUCGAACACUUUGAAUACUAUGUGGACAACAUGAGUUUCUCAUGCAGAUUCAGAGCUAAGACACUACUCGAAUGCGCUGUGUACAUGUUCAAAAAAAGCUGCUAAAACCCCAAAAAUACCGAGAGAUCUGGUGUUUAUGUUCUCAUGUUCGGGGUAAAAGAGGAGUUUUAUGGUGCAUGUUAAAGUAGCCUCUUUUAAAGAUGGUCCGAGUAUUUCGUCGCUGUUUAUUUGUUCUCGAUAUUAUGCGAAAACACCUGUGUUCUACAGAAUUUCAAAGUGAAAGUCAGUAAGGUUGGAAUUCCCCUGAAACGUCCUCGAACGGGAAUUGAUUUCAGCCUCUUUGCACCGAGUCUUCCAGACGUCACCGUAAAUCGAGCUGCCUUUUUUUUUGUUUCUUCUCAAGCGGACAAAGUGCCUGUGUGACUUUUUGAUGCAGGAGGUUUUUGUUGUGUCUCUUCACUACAGUUUGUGAAGCUGAAGAUUCGAGGAGUCGUUGCCAAAUAUGUAUUCGGAGCCUUUUUGAUUGUCGAUUUCUGAUGUGUUGGGUCGCGAGGACAGAGCGACGCUGCAGUUUAAAGCACAGAUAAUAUGCUACGUUUCACAACACUGCUACACAUGGUAUUACGCGGCACUAACACACUCUCACUAUGUUUGUUUUCCACUGAAAUAUCAUGAAAGGGGACUCAUCUUUCAACAGUGUGUGGAGAUAAUGCUGAUGUGUGUGUUUGCUUUUACAUUCCCGCACACACAGCAUCGUUUCAUCAGAACCAAAAUAUGAGUGAGUAGUAUUUAGUCUUUUGAUAAAAUGUGUUAUUUUGACUUUUGGGUUCUGUUGAGAACAGAGAACUUAAGGGGAUUUCUUUUUUACCAGAUUUGUGUCAAAUUGGGACAUUUUUGUCCAUUUCUGUCCACUGAAAGAUUGGUUUGAUCAGGAUUACAUUGAUUAUAUAAGUGUCUGAUGGUAUUGUAGAAAGAAAUCAAACAUAUUUCUUCAUCUUUUACCUUGAUGUGCUGUCUGAUCAUAUCAGACAAAGAUAUGUAAAUUUCUCCCUCAAAACUCGACAGAUUUCUAAAGAAUUGUCCCGAUUGGCCUCUUCCUCGAGUCUCCAAUGACAUUUAAACUUAAUUAAAAGAUUUGUCACUAUGUUUUGCACAAAUAAAGCUAAAGGAAAGCAUCUAGUGUCUCUAAAAACCUGAGUUAGUGAGUUAGAGGGGUGAAGGUGGACAGAUUUUGUUUGUAGAUUUGGACGGAAUCAGUCCAGUCUUUAUGCUAAGCUAACUAGCGGCCAGAUGUAGCUCCAUAUUAGCAUACCGACCAACACAAAAAAUAAGUGAAAGGGUCUUUUCCUAUUAUUUUGUCACACAUUUAUUAUAUUAAUCAGAGCCAGAAACUAACUUUUAGUGGACGUACUUUGCAGUGUUUCCACUCGACACACGACUCAUCAAAAUACCUUGACACAGAACCAUGUGGAAUAAGGGUCCGGGUUGAAAAGAUACCAUGUUUCUCUGAGCCUGAGGGUGUCUCAACACAUCUCUUAGCCUCGUGUUGAGAAAGUGGGAUCUAGUAUUUGGGGAAAAAAGCUGAUUUUUUGUUUUCUAUGUCAAUGCAGCUUCUCAUGAAAGCAGUCAUUCAACUUCCUGGGAAAUUCCGGUUCUUACGAGUUAAAUGUGAAAAAUGAAACCACUUUCACGUCAGAGUGGUUUUAGUUUAUCUUCUAACCCUCGGCAAGAACAAGUGCAUCUCCCAACAUGUCAAAUGACUCCUUUCAACGUCAGAAAAAGCUGCAAAACCAUUGUUUUUUAGCACAAAAGUUCAGAAAAUUCUUUGUGCCAUUGACUUGCAUUGUGUGAUAAAGCUGGUGUUGUGUUAGAGAGGUAGUUUUUGAAAUUCCUAGUAUCACUAAACAUUACUAUAGAAAUGCUUUAUAGCACAUAAUGUCAGCAACAUCAAUGUAAUAACACUUUAAAUCCCCAUAUUUAGCAUUUAGAAGCAUUUCCUGACACUUUAAUGUAGUUUUAAGCUGCUUUAAGGAGAUUCUUCACGUUUAAUGUCCAUUAUUAUAACUUCUCCUAUCAAUAUAAUGUGCAUUAUUAUAUUCCCUUCAUUAUCUCCAUAUGGGGGGUCCACAGGAGGAGUUAUAGUGACAGAAAAGCGCAUUAAUAGUCACUUAAAUGUGCCUAAGUCCACAUGAUAGUGAGUUAUAAACCACAGCUGCAAUUGUUAAUGGGUUAAUAGGAAAAUAAUGGGUGUUUUAGUUGAUAAUUGAGUCGUUUUUCAAGCAAAAGAUGUCAGAAAAUCCUUAAAUGAGCUUCUCAAAUAUGUUAAUUGAGACCAAAUCAGAUCAAAUCUGGCUUUCAGACUGAAAAACAAGACAUUUCAACACUUAUUUGAAAUUUUCUGACAUUUCUUAGAUAAAACCUCUCAUUUAGAAAAGCGAAAUGCAUUUAAUAAUGAUUAAAAAAUAAGCAGUAGUUGCAGCUUUAUUAUAAAGUAUUCAUAAAGUGCUUAAAAAUGCUAAAAUAAUGGGGUGUAAAGCUCCAUGUAAUGCUGUCUGACUGUGCUUCUCGUGCCUCUACUUGCCACUGUAUUUAUUUGCAUUGUUUCCAAUCGUUGUAGUGAGUUUAUUACCCUGAGAUAAGCUUCUUUUUUAAAUGAUAUCCAACACUAACUUCCUGCCUUAACAGCUCAGCCUUCAAACCGCUGGUAUCUCUCCUCAGCAGACAAGGGAAAUACUUUCUUUGUAAAAAACCCAGCUGCUAUCGAUAGCAGAACAUCAGAAACAACAUUUUUGUCUCGAUUUAGAAGCACAUCCUGCUCGGUGCCAAGCCACGUCUCCACACUGCAGCUGCAGACGUUCAGAGAUAUGGCCUGCAACACUUGAUACCCUCUGUGCAGGAGAGAGGGAGGUGUUGGUGACUUUCAAUAGCAAUAAUUCAGCCUCAAAGUGAUGCAUGUUGCAGCAUCUCGCUCAUUCCUGCAGAUAUUUCAAAAUAAAUGUUCCUAUUCGGCAAAAAACUUUGUACAAAUGGGGUUCAUGUUGAGCAAUACCCAAGUUAUUAGCCUUAAAACUUUGAAAAUAGGCUUCUCAGUGACUGUAUGACCAUUUAUGUAUUCAUUUCUUACUCGUAGAAGCUUGAAUUCUGAAAGAAAUGUGUGUAUUCAUCAAGGUAUUCACCCACAGACUUACAUACAUUGCAGCAUUUCACUAAAUAACGCAACAUGUCAAAGUAAAAGUUCCCAUUAGACACAACAACCUUGAAAAGAUGGGUUCCACGUUGAAGUUAUUACACUUGAAACUUAAUGAUCUUCUAAGGUGUACUUUACCUAGACAAAUACCAACGUUCAUAUCAAUUUCCUACUCCUGUUACCUUGAAGUUGCCUCCACGUUGAACAAGGAAUCAAAAAACGGAGAAAAGUUGAUGCAUUGAAUCUAGUGAGGAGAAAGAAGGCUGAAGUAAAUCAAAAACAUCCUGCAUCAUUACGUGUCUGCCUGUUGGAUAAACAAUAUUACUGAAACCAUAACAUUUAAGACGCGUAGAACACCUGCAGGAAUCGAGACGUGAAUUCAAUUGUGCAGUUUGAGGGAAGAGGGCAUGUUUUUGUCAGACUUUUCUCCAUUUGUGGAUCAUUCGGUAACCGUGGAAGCAUGCAGGUAAAAAAGCUCCGUGGUUCAAGGUAACAGCGUGAGUAACGGAUAAAAACAGCCUUGAUUUUGUGUAUGAAGCAGACACUAAAGGGUGUUGUGGUGCCAUGAUGCUAAGGGAUUAGCACCCAGCUGUUUGUGUUUGUUUGGUUGUUGUGUGUAUUAUCGCUCCCUGCAGAAAAUCCUGACACAUUUGAAUCCUCUCAGUGCUGGAAGUGUGUUUCUGCAGGACUUUACGAGGUGCAGCGCGAGUGAGUCCUGACAUUUAGGAGACCAACGCCAGAAGAAUGUCAUUCCAGGUUCACCCAGAGCCACGAGGAACACGUUGAUUAGAAGACGUCUCUAAAGGGUCCACUUCAUCACAUUCAUUUCUCUCUACUUGAAAAUGCUCUGAUGACUUCACUGAACCUGCUUUAGUUUCCAAUGUUGCCUUUGUUUUGUUUUAUUGCCACAUUUUGUGUUUUUGGUGUGAAGGAUCAUGUCCUGAUUAACGGUCCCUUUAGCAAAGGUGUGAGUGUGAGUGUGUGGGUGUGUGUGUGUGUGUGUGUGUGUACACUAAGCUACAGUGUUAAGUGCACACUACGAUGAUAAUCGGUUGUAAAGAGAAAUGAUGUUUGUUUUUGUGCUGCUUUAUUUUUUGGCAAUAGUUAUCAAAGGAAAUUGAAACAGCCUCUUGUUGUCGUUUCUGUCAUAAAGUAUAUUUCCUCUGACUAUUAUACUAUCAUUUGUAUUCUAUUUUAGCUUGUUGUUGGUCGUGCAUGAAUAUAAAAGGACAUGUUACUGUCACAGUUGGUUAUUGUGGAGCUACCUUUAUUUAAAUAUGGAAUAAUCUGCUCAUUGUUUCUCCAAUAAUCAAAUGUUUGUCAAAAUAAAGCAGAAAAAACUCCAAAUGACUAAAAA